AUGGAGUCGACAGCACACCAGCUCCCCAUGUACCCUCAUCGCGUUACCACGCCUGGCAUACCAGAAACGAUUUACCAAGUCCCCUCCCACUAUCGCUGUCAGUCAGAAAUCCGGGGGAUACCUAACCAUGAUCUGCAACUACAUCAAAGCUCAGAGAGCUUUGCUAACCUCGACUAUCAGGAUAUCAUCGCUCGUUAUAAUGACACUGCCGGGAUGCAUACCUGUGCGGUCUUCAAAUCGGCCACUUCCAACGACGACAUAAACGAUAGAAAGGAUGAACUACGAUAUGAUGCCAGGUUCGGCGGCAACUUCGAUCGUCGAAACACUAGGAUUAAAUCACUUCGAAGCAGACAAGAUCGAGAUGGCACUUUCAUGGUUGCGAGUGCGCGAACGCUAUGCUCCCUAUCUCCCGAGUCAUCUCCUCCUGCGUCCCCAUCUUCACAUUCUCCUUCUUUGAUUUACAAAGAAACCCUGAAGAUCGAGCAUGGAAUAGGCCCACAAUCUAUUCCUACACCUAUGCUUGUAGAGAAACACCACAAUAUCUACUGCCGGAUUAAGACUUUUCUUGUACAAUUCCUUCGACUCUAUCCUGAUACCACGAUGAUCAGGAUCUGUAGCCACAAGUUCCGGCACGGUCGGUGCAAGAAGUGUGACCUUCCCGAGGCUAUAUUGCCAUAUCUGAAUGGGGGUAUGCGAGCGGGCUUCUACUGCAAGCAAGAUGGGUGUGAGGGAUGUAGCAAUCGUGCUUCGACAUCGAUUUGCGAUGCUUGUGGUUCAGAGGAGGAUCUAUGCGUUCCUCCAUUGCGUAUAAGAUCGAGUAUGGUGGCAUCUUCACUGCAUACCGAUAAUCGAGAUACAGAUACUGGGAGCAGGUUGACAAUCGCAGAAGAAGCGGCCCAGAUCGGCUCCAUAGACUCUAUUCCCACCGAGCAACGCGUACACAUCCUGACCAGCAUCAACAGUAUGUCCGAAAGCAGCAUCUCAUCCACCGAUCUAUCUUCCGACUCAUUCUUUGAAUCGAAUCCGGUUGGGCCAUUCUCCAGCCCAGUGGACUACUCGCUCGGCGUUCCCCCGUAUCUACCCACCCAUGAUCGCAACACAUUAACGGCUUGUCCAAGGCCCACUGUGGCCGUCGAAAAUGAAGACUCAACACCUAGUCCUGGAAGUGUAGAGAGCAGUGAAGUAUUCGAAUUCGAUGUCUUAGCGAUUGCUGUACCGAUCUUACAAGUCUCACCCACCACGAUUCAAAUACGACAAUCCGGGACUGCCAGUCAACCUUCAGGAAUAACAAGGAAAAUACAAAGCCUGCAGGACAUCGUACAUGAUGCUGUGCACGGAGAUAUAGAGUCUCAGGUUAUGAUACUGAGAAUGUAUCAAGACAUAUCGACCGCAGAUGCAAUGUCUGCUUUAUACCAUAAGAGCGAGCCAGACAGCCAUCUCAUCCGAAAAGCACGGUUAGUCCUCGGUCUCCAAGUUCAAGAAGCAGCUGGACAUAUUCCAGUUGGUUUGGUGGAAAAGGUGUCGGUGCAGUUGCUUUCGCAGCAUAGAAACCACGCGAUGCGUAUGGAGGCUUUUGCUGCAUACAUUUGCCAGGCGGUCGUCGAAAAGGAAUUGUCAGAGGCGCGCGGGACGCAGAUUUUGGCGCUCGCUGAAGACGAAAUGUAGUAAUAGAGGACGUGUAAAUUCUAUUGGGUGAGAGUGUAGUUGUUUCCUGUUAAGUCCAAGGCACCUUGGAUGUAUCUGACGACCUGAUCACAAUCAGUUUAUGUUGC